AUGGGCAGAAAUAGAUAUAAUCAUAGGCGAAAUUCCUCGGUGAUGUUAGAUGCUGGUUAUGUGUCAAUACAAGCGAUAGAUUUCUAUGGAUCAACGCAGAUAUUUGGUUUACAUGGUCGAAAAUUGUUUUGUGUUAUCGUCUUGGUAUUUCUUCUUUUCAUAAUCAGUUUUAUCAAUUUAACAUGCUUGGUAUUUAUCAUGUACAAACUCGAUUGGACGCCGCUACACAAAAAUGGCUCGAAAGUCUUUCGAUUCGAUAAAUUCGAUCAUCAGAUUGAAUUAUAUAAAUCAACAACAUUCAGAGAUAUUAUUUAUACGACUCAAAUCAAAGAUGAUUCAUCACUUGACGUUCUUUCCAGAACACCGAUCGAUAUAUAUGGUGAUCAUAAUUCACUGCUGUUGAAUGAAAAUCAAAUCUCAAUGAACGCCGAAUAUUUUUCUCUAAAUCACAAAUAUCUAGUUGACUUUACUAAUCUCAAUUUAUAUAAGUUUGAUCGAAAGAGAAAAACCAAUGUUCAUCUUAGUCAAGUUGAAUCCCAUUAUAUUCAUGAUAAACAAUUGAAUUUGACUGGAGACAAACUUUUGACAAUUACAAAAGCAAAUCGAGUGUCGUUAAAUGCGAGAAAUAUAAAUGUCGACUUGAAUAAACAUCAUCAUCGGUCAGUCGUUCGUCUUGGUAGUUAUUGGAAAAGAAGAAAACCGACGGAUUAUCGACAAAAGAUUGCCCACGGAAAUUUACAAUUUCAAACGAAUUCAAUCUUUCUCGAUUUGCCACGAUCAUCGCCUGGAGAGAGUACUUCUUACAGUGAAAUAAAUGUCUAUCGAAUGUGUAUUUGUAAUACGACAUUGUUACUCUUACAGAGCUUUGCUCAUCAACCAUGUCCUCUUUGUUAA